AUGGCAGCCAAAACAGAAGCAGCCGUCUACACCCACGGCCACCACGCCUCAGUCCUCCGCUCUCACAGCACACGGACAGCCCUUAACUCCGCGAGCUUUCUACUCCCACACCUUAAGCCGGAUAUGAAAAUUCUCGACAUCGGUUGUGGGCCCGGCACAAUCACAGUCGACCUAGCAGAAUGUGUCCCACAAGGGCACGUAACAGGCCUCGAGCGUGUAGGCGACGUCCUCUCUGGCGCACAAGCCCUUGCCAACUCACGCGGCGUGAAGAACAUUUCCUUUGUGGUCGGCGAUGGCAACGGUCUGACCUAUGCAGACGAAAGUUUCGAUGUCGUAUUCUGCCACCAGGUUCUGCAACAUGUUGCUGAUCCCAUAGGUAUGCUCAAGGAGAUGAAGCGCGUGACAAAGAAAGGCGGAAUUGUCGCUGCUAGAGAAGCGGAUUAUUCUGUCUUUAUGUGGUUCCCUGAGAUUAAGGGUUUGAGAGACUGGCAGGAUCUUUAUGAUCGGGUUGCGAGGCGGAAUGGGGGUGAGCCUAAUGCGGGACGGUUCUUGCAUUCUUGGGCUAGACAGGCUGGGUUUGAGAAUAUGAAACAUAGUGUUUCUUCUUGGUGUUAUGGGGAGAAGAGUGAGGUUGCUUGGUGGAGUGAGACUUGGCAGGAGAGGGCUUUGAAGUCUUCUUUUGCUACUACGGCGCUUGAGGGGGGCUUGGCUACUGUUGAGGAUUUGGAGAGAAUUUCGAAGUGUUGGAAGGCUUGGGGUGAGGAUGUCGAUGCUUUUAUUUCUAUCCCUAGUGCGGAGAUUGUUUGUUUUAAGCAGUAG